UAAAUAUGUUUUGUGUUUGUGUAUUGAUGUAGUUACCUAUUUUGUAGAACCUCACAAAAGUGAAUGCCUCAAACUAGUGGCCAAGUCACUAACUGGUGAAGCUGUUGAAUUGACAGCAAAAUCAUCUGAUACUGUUGCCACCUUGAAGCAGCAAUUGCAAACCAAGAAUGACCCAUCAUCAUGGGAUCAACUGCUUGUUUUUAAGAAGAAGCAACUACACGAUGAGCAAACAUUGGCUGAUGCAGGAGUAACUGAUGGAACAAUACUGAACGUCGUUCUUUGUCCUCGUCAGUCGAUCUUCUUACUAAACAGAUUCUAGUAUACAAAUUGUAAUGAUGGUAUUGUUGUAGAUGGUGUGACAGGCAUGGGAGCUGAUGCAGCUGAGUUAUUUGUUCGAGCUUUAUCACAAGGAAAAGUCGAAGUAAGUCGAGUGAAGAUUGUCAUUGCUGGUAAAGACAGAACGGGCAAGACGUCAUUUAAACGAUCUUUGCUCAAACUGAAGUUUCAGAUAAUUGAAUCGAGCACACCUGUCGCAGUGGAAGAGUUGGCAGUGUGUGAAGCAUCAAACUGGAAGCUUUUGAGUGACAAGGACGAAGAAUUUUUAGACAAACAAAUAGCUAGAGCAGCAGUUCAUGUACCGACUGUUUCAGGUGCAAAUGUGUCUGGUAGUCAAGAUGACAACAAAUAUGACAAUGACAAAACAGAUUAUGCAGAUCAUCACAGUGAGGUUGAGCUUAGCUUGUCAGUUGAUAGAGAAUCUACAUCAACUGAUACUAGAGGUAGCAGCAACAACACAGACAAAGUUGGUGAAGUCAAUGCUAGAGAAAGCAGCAGUGACACAGACAAACUUGAUGAAGCAACAGUUCUAACUGGAGGGAUAGCUCGUGCUAUUACAGAUUUCCAAAGUGAUCCUGACCUCUUAAAGCAGGAAGAUUCAAAAGUUCACGUUGCCAUUUGGGAUUUGGGAGGUCAGGAGCCACUUCUUCCUGGUCAAGGAGAAGCCAUCACACCAGGAUGUGUCGUUUGUGUUGUAUUUAAUGCAUCCGAGUUUCUAGGUGACUCUGCCAAGUCUUUCUAUUGUCCUUCUGCUCACUCAAAACCAAAUCCAAUCGACAACCACUGGAUAGUGACAAACUAUGAUGCUGUGGCUUUAUGGGCAUCCAUGACUUUUUUGGCAGGAGAUGCCGAAAGUCUUGAAGGCCUUCUCUCUGGUCUUCACAUCGGCAAGUCAUAGGGAUGUGCAUCACCAGUAAUGUUGUUGAUUGGAACACACAUCAAUGAUGCCAAU